AAAUGCGAAGUGGUAUUAUGAGGGUCUCCGUACAUUUUUCACCAUAAAACCCGCAAAUUCUAGGGCUGUCGACCCCUCUUCUAGGGUUUACGCCGCGCUUGUUUCCGAACAUCGAACCACCGCAACAAUGCCGUCCCACAAGACCUUCAAGAUCAAGAAGAAGCUGGCGAAGAAGAUGCGUCAAAAUCGCCCUAUCCCUCACUGGAUCCGCAUGCGCACCGAUAACACCAUCAGGUAUAAUGCGAAGCGGAGGCACUGGCGACGCACGAAGUUAGGGUUUUGAGGUCUCCAUGGGUGAUUCUUCCCUCUUUCCUAUGCGUAAAACUAGGGUUUUUGGUUGCUUUGACUAGCUUCUUGAAUCCAAGUGUCUAAAUCUGGUACCAAGGAAAAGUUGAAUUUAAAAUAUUCUGAUGACAAUGAGCGCAGGAUGUAUGAUGCUAUUUUGAGUUAUUAUUUGGAUCUAAAGAAAUUAAUCUUUCUUUCGAAAUGAAUUGGUGAUCUUGUGAGCUUUA